AGUUCGCACUAGCCCGGACGGCUCUACUAUCGAAGUGGUGUGUUGCGAGCGGGAGAGAGAGAUGACCAGAGCUCCGCGACGCUGGACAGUCAAACAUGGAGCUUUUUAAAACGCUAAUUUCGGUGCUUUGGAUGUUAUUGCUGAAUGGAAACAAUGGCUGUCACGCUGAGGAAGUGGUCCUGCUGAACUCUAAAGAAACUCAGGCAGAGCUCGGCUGGACGUCGUACCCCUCCAAUGGAUGGGAGGAGAUCAGUGGCGUGGAUGAGAAGUACAAGCCCAUCAGGACCUACCAGGUGUGUAACGUGAUGGAGCCGGCGCUGCAGAACAACUGGCUGCAGACGGGCUGGGUGGCGCGGCGCGGCGGCCAGCGCAUCUUCGUGGAGCUGCAGUUCACGCUACGCGACUGCAACAGCAUCCCGGGCGUGGCGGGCACCUGCAAGGAGACCUUCAACCUGCUCUACGUGGAGUCGGACAAAGACCUGGGCCGGGUGACCCGCGAGGAGCGCUACACCAAGAUCGACACCAUCGCCGCCGACGAGAGCUUCACGCAGGGCGACCUGGGCGAGAGGAAGAUGAAGCUCAACACGGAGGUGCGGGAGAUCGGACACCUGAACCGGAAAGGGUUCCACCUGGCGUUCCAGGACGUGGGGGCGUGCGUGGCCUUGGUGGCGGUGCGGGUGUACUACAAGCGCUGCCUGGCCACGGUGCAGAACCUGGCUGUGUUUUCCGAUACGGUUGCCGAGGCGGCGUUCGCCACCCUGGUGGAAGUCAGGGGAGCCUGCGUCAACAAUUCCGAGGUGGACACGGACAGCCCUCCCAGGAUGCACUGCAGCGCCGAAGGGGAGUGGCUGGUGCCCAUCGGGAAGUGCAGCUGUUCAGCGGGUUACGAGGAGGGCCACAGCAGCUGUGAAGCGUGUCCCCCUGGCUCGUACAAGAUGUCUUCCAGACAGCAGGAGUGUUUUGCGUGCCCGGCCAACAGUGUGGCGGAGGAGGAAGGCUCGGUGGUGUGUGUGUGUGAGGAGGACCACUUCAGGACCCCUCUGGACAACCCCUCGGCCCCCUGCACCCGCCCCCCCUCUCCUCCCAAAGACUUGGUCUACACCCUCAAGCAGUCCACCCUGAUCCUGGAGUGGGGUGCGCCAAUGGACACGGGCGGCAGGGGGGACCUGACCUACAGCGUGGGCUGCCGCCGGUGCGUGGGGCUGCAGUGUGAGCCGUGCGGGGCCAGCGUGGGCUUCAUGCCCCAGCAGAGCGGGGUGACCGAGCGCACGGUGACCGUGGUUAACCUCAUGGCCAACUCUAACUACACGUUGACGGUCGAGGCCCUCAACGGAGUGUCGGAGCUCCUGCCCAACAAGAGGUCCUACGCACAGGUCAACGUGUCAACUAGCGUGCCAGCGCCUUCUCUGGUGAGUGAGUUUCGUGCGGAGAAGAUUGAGCAGCGCAGCCUCACCCUGGUGUGGAGGGAACCUAGCUACCCCAACAGCAGCCGCACGGAGUACGAGAUCAAGUACUACGAAAAGGAACAGAAGGACAAGAGCUACUCAACGGUCAAGACGGCCGCCACCCGCAUCAGCGUCAACAACCUCAAGGCCGGCACCACCUACGUCUUCCUCAUCCGCCCCUUCUCCACCCCGGCCCCCUCCUCCUCCCUCCUCUCCGCCUCUUCCUCCUCCUCUUCCUCCUCCCCCUCUCCCAUCGACUACGGAGGCUACAGUGCUCCCCUGGAGCUGCAGACGCUUGGUGAAUUGGCGCUGGCGUCCAGUGAGCAGAACCCAGUAAUCAUCAUCGUGGUGGUGUCUGUGGCCGCCCUCAUCAUGCUGCUCUCUAUGGGAGUGGGCCUGCUCCUCUGGAGAAGACAAUGUGGAUACAGCAAGGCCAGUCAAGAGGGAGACGAAGAGCUCUACUUCCAAUUUAAGAUCCCGACCCGGAGGACCUACAUAGACCCAGAGACGUGUGAGGAUCUGGUGCAGGCUGUCCUCACCUUUGCCAAAGAGCUAGACAACUCCAGCAUCAAGAUAGAGAGAAUUGUCCACACAGGUGACUUUGGGGAGGUGUGUCGUGGCUGUCUCAAGCUGCCCAGUAAGCGGGAGCUUCCGGUGGCCAUCAAGACGCUGAGGGCCGGCUGCUCAGAGAAACAGAGGCGCUCCUUCCUAAGCGAGGCCGGGAUACUGGGACAGUUUGACCACUCCAACAUCGUCCGUCUGGAGGGGGUCAUCACCAGCGGUAACACCAUGAUGAUUGUGUUGGAGAGCAUGUCCAAUGGGCCCCUGGACUCCUUCCUCAGGAAGCACGAGGGCCAGCUCUCCGUGCUCCAGUUGAUGGACAUGCUGGGGGGCGUGGCCUCUGGGAUGAAGUACCUGACAGAGAUGGGCUUCGUCCACCGCCGCCUGGCCGCCCACAAGGUACUGGUCAACGCCAGCCUGGGCUGCAAGGUGUCCGGCUUCAGACCCCUCCAAGAGGACAAGAUGGAGGCCAUCUACAGCACAAUGCAUGCGGGGAAGAGUGUGGUGUUGUGGACAGCCCCAGAGGCCAUCCAGUACCACCGUUACAGCUCAGCGUCUGACGUCUGGAGCUUUGGCAUCGUCAUGUGGGAGGUCAUGUCCUACGGAGAGAGACCAUACUGGGACAUGAGCAACCAGGACGUGAUCAAAGCGAUAGAGGAUGGCUUCCGCCUGCCCGCCCCUAUGAACUGUCCACCCCACCUCCACCAGCUGAUGUUGGACUGUUGGCAGAAGGAGAGGACCGAGAGACCCACCUUCAGCCAGAUCCACUCGGCUCUCAGCAAGAGCAUCCGCAGCCCCAACGGCAUCGGCUCCUCCACACUGGCACGCAGAACCCUCCCUCAGCUAGGAACCCUCCCUCUGGGCUCCUCCAUCUCCCUGGCAGAGCGGACUCUUCCGUCGUUCCCCUCGUUUAACUCGGUAGGGGAGUGGUUGGAUGCGGUGGACAUGGGGCGCUACAAGGACAACUUCACCGCGGCAGGAUACUGCUACCUGGAGUCUGUGGCCCGUAUGACAGUCCAAGAUGUAUUGAGUCUAGGCAUCACCUCUCUGGAGCACCAGAAACAGAUCCUGUCUGCCAUCCAGACCCUUAGAGCCCAGGUCAUCCAGAUGCACGGCAGAGGGGUGCAGGUCUGACACACACAUACACACACGUGCAAAUGGACGGACGGACGGACGGAUAGAAGGAUUUUCACAGAGGAGAGAACUCGUCUCUCAUCCAGAUGGACAACAUGAAGUGGAUAGAGAGAUCGGAAGAGAUAUCGCCACACUGCACCCACUCACUCUUCCUCCUCCUCCCUCUCUCUAAGUCCUUGGGAGCGAGGCAUCUUCAAGUCAUGUGAUCAACGUACUUUGUCGAAAGUCAUAUGACUUUUGUCUGCACGCUGACCCAAAUUGACUGGAUGUCCGCUCUGACAACAGGCCCUGGAUCAGUAGUUACAGAGACUUAAAACUACCCGGAUAGAGAAGUACUGUCCACCUAAAAUGUCUUGCACUGCUCUCAAAAUAUGGGGUAAUUACAUUUCCUGGAUGGAGAAGAACUGUCCCCUCAAGCAGAGUGAUACUCUACUAUACCACUUGUCUCAGAACUGAGGUUAAAACCACCCUGGUUGAGAAGUACUGUCCAUUACAGGGCUGUCCCUCUACCACUGGUCUGGGAUAAGGCACUAAUGGUGAAAGUUCUGUCUGUCGAACAGGGCUAAAAUUAUAAAACUGGUCUCAGUUCAAUGGUUAAAACAUUACUGUUCCGGCCGCUGAAGUGCGAUCGAGUGACUGGUUCCCACAGUGUGGGCGGAGCCCAGGCAGUGUCAAGUCGUACGUAGCCGACCAAUCACGAGGCUGGAAAAAGACUUACCUUCAGAAGGAAACUACUGAUUAAAAAACAAAAACUAGAAAACUGUAAAUCGAAACCGUGUGUUUGAUUGUUAAUUUCUAUUUAGUCUGUUACACAAUUUGUCUUUUUGAAAGUUUUUCCGUUAACCGUCUCUGCUCUCCCGGUGUUUUCUCAGUGUGUGGAAUGGCUAAUGUCCCUUAGCCGGGAUGUCAGUGGUAUCAUGUAGCGUCUCGCUAAUAUAUUUCUCCUGUCUAAAAAGCAUUUUCACUACAUGGGUAUAUUGCACUGUUGAGAAUAAAGGUCAAGUCUCAAGCUGACGUAUCUGAAAUGUAUUCAUGUUUAUAUGCGUUUCCAGUUUACAGACUCUCACACAACCUGACGGGAAGAGGUUACGAGGGUCAUACUUGAUUUUUUUUUUUUAAUUUUUUAAUGACUAAAUAAUUUGUGUCAUUUUGUGUUUAAGGAUGCUGCAAAGCACAUGUCCUUUGGUGUCCCUUCCUCGCCGUUCUGUUUCUUUUGAUUACAGUGUGCAUCAUAACGUUUUCUUUAUUUUUUCUAGUUAGAGGGAUUCUGUUACUGAAUAAGGGUGUUCUGAACCAGAAGAAGAUAUUAUGAAGAGCACUUACACGAUAGUAUGUUGACUUUUUUUCUUCUCCUAGACAGGGGUGUAGAAUCAUUUUGAUACAGUCAACAAAUCUACAGUAGUUGAUAUAGGACUUAUACAUUUUGAGUCCAGUGUCGCUGGAUGUAUGGUAUCGAUGUGUUGCAUUAUAUAUGCAGUAUUGCAGUAUUUCAGAAUGUCGUAGAGUGACCAUGUAUGUUUUUUUCCGGGCCAGCAAUUCAAGCCGUCAUGCAUAGGGCCCUGUGUUUUGGUUAAUCAUGUCACAUGACCUGGAUUUGAACCUUUUUGUUUAAAGCUUUUUCAUCAAACUGUUCCCCCUUUCUUUUUAUGUCAGAUGGUCCAAGCGCCAUCCUCAAGACAAUUGCUUACAUUUUUGGUCUAAUUCUCAUUUCUGGAAAAUGCUUAAAAUCAAGGUUAAGUGGUUAACCAAAACACAGGGCUUUAGCUAUACAUCAUGGUUGUACACUUAACAUGUUCUAAAUGUUCCUACAAAUCCCACAACCCCCCACUGUGCAGUCACAAGCCACUCGCAUUUGUCAGUAUUAUGUAUUUUUCAAAACAGGUAACAUUUAAUCGUAGGUAACAUGUUAUGAGGCAUUUUUUUGAUUUAUAUCAUACUCUUGUAGCUCGCUGCAAGUAUUCAGACCCCUUCACUUCUUCCAAACUUUGUUACGUUACAGCCUUAUUUUAAAAUACUUUCCCCCCCUCUACACACAAUACCGAAAAAUAACAAAGCGAAAGCAGUUUUUUUGUGUGCAAAUUUAUAAAAAAAUGAAAAAGAUACCAUAUUUACGUAAGUAUACAGAUCCUUUGCUAUCAGACUUGGUCCUUCUGUAGCUCAGUUGGCAGAGCAUGGCGCUUGUAACGCCAGGGUAGUGGGUUCGAUUCCCGGGACCACCCAUACGUAGAAUGUAUGCACACAUGACUGUAAGUCGCUUUGGAUAAAAGCGUCUGCUAAAUGGCAUAUAUUAUUAUUAUUAUAUUAAAUUGAACUCAGGUACACCCUGUUUCCACUGAUCAUUCUUGAUGGUCCUACAACUUGAUUGGAGUCCACCUGUGGUAAAUUCAAUUGAUUGGACAUGAUUUGGAAAGGAACACACACCUGCCUAUAUAAGGUCCCACAGUUGACGGUGCAUGUCAGCAAAAACCGAGCCAUGAGGUCGAAAGAAUUGUCCGUAGUGCUCCGAGAGAGGAUUGUGUUGAGGCACAGAUCUGGGGAAGGAUACCAAAACAUUUCUGCAGGAUUGAAGGUCCCCAAGAACACAGUGGCCUCCAUCAUUCUUAAAUGGAAAAAGGUUUGAACCACCAAGAUUCUUCCUAGAGCUGGCUGCCAAGCCAAACUGAGCAAUCGGGGGAGAAGGGCCUUGGUCAGGGAGAUGACCAAGAACCCAAUGGUCACUGACAGAGCUCUGGAGUUCCUCUGUGGAGAUGGGAGAAGCUUCCAGAAGGACAACCAUCUCUGCAGCACUCCACCAAUCAGUGUCCAGACGGAAGCCACUCCUCAGUAAAAGGCACAUGACAGCCCGCUUGGAGUUUGCCAAAAGGCACCUAAAGGACUCUUGACCAUGAGAAACAAGAUUUUGUGGUCUGAUGAAACCAAGAUUGAUCUCUUUGGCCUGAAUACCAAGGGUCAUGUCUGGAGGAAACCAGGCACCGCUCAUCACCUGGCCAAUACCAUCCCUACGGUGAAGGAAGGUGGGGGCAGUAUCAUGCUGUGGGGAUGUUUUUCAGCAGCAGGGACUGGGAGACUAGUUAGGAUCGAGGGAAAGAUUGUGAUGGAAAAUGUUAUGUUUGUGCUUUUGUAGUAACACAUUUCUGUGUUCAUGCAAGUGACUGACUGAUUGAAUGUGCCUGGGAGUAAUCCUCACCAUCAAUAUCUGCAAUUUGCUAGUACUUCCAGAACCUUGUUUUGAGAAUGAAAGGGAUAUCUCAGUUUCAAGGUCUCAGCUUGAAGAGAAGAGGCCUUGUGAGGUAUUGGUCUGUCACAUGCAUGACCUCUCCAGCUUGCUGUUAAUAAAACAAUGAUUCAUUUAAUAUUGGCGUUCAGUGUCCCUGUGUAGAAUUUCAAAGACAAGAUGAAUGGAACAAAGUCUAGAGAGAUCCUUGAUGAAAACCUGCUCCAGAGCGCUCAGAAAAUCAGACUGUCCUGUUGAAAGGUGAACUUUCACCCCAAUGACCCUAAGCACACGCAGGAGUGGCUUCAGGACAAGUCUCUGAAUGCCCUUGAGUGUCCCAGACAGAGCUCCGGGCUUGAGCCUGAUCGAACAUCUCUGGAGAGUCCUGAAAAUAGCUGUGCAGCAACGCUCCCCAUCCAACCUGACAGAGCUUGAGAGGAUCUGCAGAGAAGAAUGGGAGAAACUCCCCAAAUACAGGUGUGCCAAGCUUGUAGCGUCAUAGCCAAGAAGACUCGAGGUUGUAAUCGCUGCCAAAGGUGCUUCAACAAAGUACUGAGUAAAGGGUCUGAAUACUUAUAUAAAUGUGAUAUCAGUUUUAUUUUUUUUACAUUUGCAAAAAAAUCAAAACCUGUUUUUCCUUUGUCAUUAUGGGGUAUUGUGUGUAGAUUAAUCAGGGGAACUAUGUAAUCAAUUUUAGAAUAAGGCUGUAACAUAACAAAGUUCGGAAGAAGUGAAGGUGUCUGAACACUUUCCGAAUGCACCGUCCACAAUAGAUGUUUUAUUGGUUCAGUGCGGUUCAUAAAUGGCAUCUUGUAAUAGUAUCUGGUAUGAAAGGACUACCAGUACAUUUUCUCUUUUCUUCCCCAUGUAUUCUCUCUCUCUCUCCCCCCUCUCCCUGGAGCGGUUUUGCCUCAACACCAUAUAUAAACCCAUAUCAUGUUCUGAAAAGAUACUCCUAUGGACUCACACACACAUAUAGAAACAGUCUCAACAGCCCUGUAUACACAGACACCAAACUGGAUCUUUUCACUUCAGCGAAUCAGUCGUUGUUGUGUGU